AUGGGCGCUGGCCGUGACUGCAAGCUGUUGUUCAUCACUGACACCUUGUCUGGCCGGCGGCUGCUGGUCAAUUCUGGGGCUCAGCGCAGCAUCCUGCCGGCGCAGCCGGUGGACACCAUGGCUGGCGGGCACGGCCCCCCGAUGGACGCCGCUAACGGCACACCCAUUGGCACCUGGGACUUCGUCAUGGCUGCUGUGUCUACGUCGCUCCUGGGGGCAGAUUUUCUCUGCGCUUAUAGACUGUUGGUGGAUGUUACAAACUGCCGCCUGAUUGACGCCCUCUCUUUUGCUUCGUACCCCUGCACGCUGGGAGGGGCAGGGGUGCUUUGUCUGUCAAACACGCUGGCCAACGGGGACCUGUAUCAACGCCUACUUGCUGAGUUCCCCGACAUCACCACGCCCACGUUUUCAUCGGCGGUGGCUAAGCAUGGCGUGGAGCACUACAUCACCACGGUGGGCCCCCCAGUCUACGCACGAGCCCGGCGCCUCGACUCUGCCAAGCUCGCUAUCGCCAGGGAGGAGUUCGCCACCAUGGAGCACCUCGGCAUCGUGCGCCGCUCCAACAGCCCGUGGGCUUCUCCCCUGCACAUGGUGACCAAGGCUGAUGGCGGAUGGCGUCCCUGUGGAGAUUUCCGUCGCCUGAACGACGCCACCACACCCGACCGGUACCCAGUGCCGCACAUCCAGGACUUCUCCGCCCACCUAGCCGGCGCCACCAUUUUCUCAAAGGUGGACCUGGUGCGCGGUUACCACCAGGUGCCUGUCCACCCGCAGGAUGUCCCCAAAACAGCGGUCAUCACACCCUUUGGCCUUUUCGAAUUCCUACGGAUGCCACCCGUCUCCGACCGCCCCAGAAGCUCCGGGACAAUGAGAGGAAGUACAGCGCUUUCGACUGCCUCUCCCGGGCGGUCGUUGGUUCCGUCCACUUGGGCCUCGACUAUGCGGCUAUGGCUGCGGAUCAAACGGCGGACUCUGAGGUGCAAGCCUACAGGACGGCCCCCCACGGCGCUGCUCAUGGAAGAUGUGAUGUUUGGCGCGGCUAACGCUACACUCCUCUGCGACGUCUCCACUGGGCAACCUCGCCCCAUGGUACCUGCUGCCUGGAGGCAUAAAGUUUUUGAUGCCAUCCAUGGUCUUUCCCACCCGGGGGUGAAGGCCUCUACCAAGCUGGUGGGGGCCAAGUUCGUCUGGCCGGGCCUGCGGAGGGAUGUCAGGGCCUGGGCUGCGGCCUGUGUGGCGUGCCAGCGCGCAAAGGUGACUCGUCAUACCAAGGCUCCUUUGGCACCCUUCAAAGUGCCAGAGAGACGUUUUGAUCAUGUGAAUGUGGACCUGGUGGGCCCACUUCCCCCCUCCCGUGGUUACACAUACCUCCUCACCAUGGUGGACAGGACCACCAGGUGGCCAGAAGUAGUUCCCCUGUCCUCCACUACAUCAGCGGAAGUGGCCCGGGCGUUCAUUACGGCUUGGGUGGCCCGUUUCGGCACACCGUCCGACCUCUCCUCGGACCGGGGUCCGCAGUUCACAUCGGAGCUUUGGUCUGCGGUCGCCGAGGUCCUUGGGGUGAAGGUCCAUCGUACCACAGCCUAUAACCCACAGAGCAACGGAUUGUGCGAGCGGUUUCAUCGUGACAUGAAGGCCGCGCUCAGGGCCAGCCUUACGGGCAGCGACUGGGCUGACCGCCUCCCAUGGGUUAUGCUUGGCCUUCGCUCCGCCCCCAAGGAAGAUCUUCAAGUCUCAUCUGCCGAGCUGGUGUAUGGCCAGCCGCUGCGUAUCCCGGGGGAGUUUCUUCCGGAUGCCACGGCCCCGUGGUCAGUUGCCUCACAUCGGGCUGCGUCUCGGGACAUUGCAGACGCUUUUGUUCCUAUUCCAACGUCCCACCAUGGCUUUCCCCGGUCCUACGUGCCCAAGGAUUUACCAUCAGCCAAGUAUGUUUUCAUCUGCCACGAUGGCCAUCGGACACCGCUGCAGCCCCCAUACGAUGGGCCCUUCCGUGCCCUGGAGGGGGGGUCUAAGAACUUUGUUGUGGAUAUGGGGGGCAGGCCUGAGCGGGUGGCUAUUGACCGUCUCAAGCCUGCUCAUGUGGAUAUUGGCGAACCGUUUCAGCUGGCCCUGGCCCUGCCCCCACGGCGAGGGCGCCCACCUGCGGCAACCUUGCCCCCUGCCCCGCCCCUUGCCCUUGGCCCCUCUACUGUUAGGCGCAGCCGGUAUGGCCGCCCAGUCCGCCCCCCUGUGCGUUGA